AUGCAUCACCUCAAGAAUAGUAGUGGAGGGCGGUCCAGCACGUAUUGCCUCACAGAUAAAAAGGCAGGGCAGUCCGGCAAGCGUCACCUCAACAAGAGCAAUGGAAAUCCAGAAAUGGCCACAGUCAGAUGUCCCAGCAGAGGAGAGAAGCUGUCGCUGUGUGAGGCAGGCAUCUUCCAGUGCUCUGAGACGGGCCUUGCCUUCAAGGUGGAGUCAGCAGCCACCAUCGUGUACAGAUAUGCCUCCUGGAGCACGCAUCUGAAAGAGGCUGACCAGAAUGUGUGGGUACCUGCUGGGCCUCUUUUCAACAUCGGGGCGCUGCCUGGAACUGUGCGAGCUGUGUAUCUCCCCCACUUCAUCUGCCUGUCAGUGCUGAUCUUCCAGCAGCUCUCCGCUGCAAAUACAACCCUGCAUCUCUACCUGAUCCCAGAUGACAGCUCUGUGAAGAAGGCCAUUGAAAGACAAGAGACAAGCUGGAACUCAAAGCUUAUUCCCAAGCCUCCUCCAUUCCAUCCCCUGUUUUUUGGCCACAGAUACCAGGUGUCCAGUAACACUCAAGUGAAGAUUACACCUGAACCACACUUGAAAUUCUGUCGAAGGAGUUCAAAGAAACAACAGCACUUUGUUGAGAUCUACAUCAGGAAAAUGGCUGAGGAAGUGGAAUUCUUUAUUACAGAUGGACAGAAUGACACCGAGGGAUGUGAGAAAGGAGGAAGUACUGUGGGCAGCUGCCUGUUCCUGGAUGACCGUCUGUCGCCCCGACACUGUUGUGUUCCCUCACACACAGACAUCGCCGUGAUUCAGGUAGCUGAAAGAGGCAAAGCAAAGAUGGCAGAGACCACGCUGAGCUCCACAUUCCCCAUCCUUGUGAAGUCUUUGUUAGGAAAUAUUGUUUCUGUGCCAGUCUCUUUGGACGACACGGUGCUGGACCUAAAGACGAAGCUAUUUGCACUGGAUAGCUAUUUCUACCCUUCUCAGGCACGACUGAUUCAUGAUGGCCAGGAGUUAUCGAACGAACGAACUCUCAGACAUUACAACAUCACCUCCAACAGCACUGUACACCACGUUCUUAGGUUGCGAGGCGGUGGUUCAGCUCCCUUAAAGGGCAAGGAAGAUGUCUCAGGUGAUCAAGAACCAGAGGUGCAACAACAGGGUGGUUGUUUACCUGGAAUUGCCUCAAGGAUAGAAAUGCAGAGUGGUUCAGCAGGUGGCUCUUCGAUUAUAGAAAUGAAGACCAGUCUGUCAGGCAUCACCUCAACAGGUGCAGAGGGAAUCCAGAAAUGGCCACAGUCAGAUGUCCCAGCAGAGGAGAGAAGCUGUCUCUGUGUGAGGCAGGAAUUUCAAGAAGUGAGGCCGGAGAUAGAUCCAUACAUUUUGGAGGAACAGAACGUAUACAAAGCUUGUCUCCCUGGACCAGGCAUCUUCCAGUGCUCUAAGACGGGCCUUGCCUUCGAGGUGGAGUCAGCAGCCAGCAUCGUGUACAGAUAUGCCUCCUGGAGCACGCAUCUGAAAGAGGCUGACCAGAAUGUGUGGGUACCUGCUGGGCCUCUUUUCAACAUCUGGGCGCUACCUGGAACCGUGCGAGCUGUGUAUCUCCCCCACUUCAUCUGCCUGUCAGAUGUAGACAUCAGUGGGUGCUCGAUUGCCCAUUUUGAAUUCCAGAAGAUGACCAUACAGCAACCAACAGAAGUGAUGGCCUUCUCCGCUGUCCUGGAGAAUCCCAGCUUCUCUCUUCUUGGAGUGGUUUGGAGAAAGUUACGUUCAGCCAUUUCUCUCCCUAUGCACUCCUUAGUGCUGAUCUUCCAGCAGCUCUCCGCUGCAAAUACAACCCUGCAUCUCUACCUGAUCCCAGAUGACAGCUCUGUGAAGGAGGCCAUUGAAAGACAAGAGACAAGCUGGAACUCAAAGCUUAUUCCCAAGCCUCCUCCAUUCAGCCCUCUGUUCUUUGGCAACAGAUACCAGGUGUCCAGUAACACUCAAGUGAAGAUUACACCUGAACCACACUUGCCAUUUUGCUACAAGAGUCCAGAGGACCAACAGCUCUUUGUUGAGAUCUACAUCAGGAAAAUGGCUGAGGAAGUGGAAUUCUUUAUCACAGAUGGACAGAAUGACACCGAGGUCUGGAGGGCAUCGCUGAGGUCAGGUGAUAUUAGUCAUUCUAGAAACGAAUCCAAAAAGCUUUCAGGUGCAGCCUUCCUGAAGAAGCACAAGACAGAGCUUUGUUCCAGGAUGGGGCAGCUCUCCUCCAUUCUGCUAAAUUUAAGUGUUGAAGAUGUAAUCAACAGUGAAGAAGAAGAGGAGGUGCAAGCUCAAAAUACAAAACAAAAGAAGAAUCAAUUUCUGCUGGACCUAGUUGAGAAAAAAGGGCUCAAGGCCCAAGAGAAGCUCUUUCAGAUCCUCCAGAAAAAAGACCCAUUCCUUGUUGAAGACCUGCAGAAGGCUAAGACAGAGGACAUUGACAGAUUAAGGAAGUGACAGGAGAGUCAGGCAAAAGGAGAGAUUUGUCUGUGCGUGAAUCCUGACCUUUCCAUGCAAAAUCCAUGAUACAAAGCAAUGCCUAAGCCUUCUGAGCCACCAACUGCCAGGCCUGCUUCCCUUACCUGAUGUGCUCACUACAAGAGGACUCGAUCACCACUGAGGAGCUGCUGGAACGAGAAACCUUGACUCCUAAUCCAGUGCCCAUGUUGUGAAGCCAUCUGCCUUCUGAGAACACAGGGCCUCUGCAGGGUCUCCAGAUGCUCCAGGCAGCUGCUGGUCGAGGAGCUCUCUUCACAACAGGAACCUCACAGAGUCACAGAAUUGUAGGGGUUGAAAGGAACCUCUGGAAAUCCCCCAGUCCAACACUGCUUAGAGCAGCUUCCUUACAGAACGUUACACAGGAAAGUGUUCAGGCAGCGUUUGAAUAUCUCUGCAGAACGAGACUUUACAGCCUCUCUGGGCAACUUGUUCCACUGCUCUGUCAACCACAGUGAGUGAUUCUAUGAUUCUGUGAAGUCCAACCAUCAACCUGAGCAGUGUUUGUAACUAAUUUUUUUAUUACACAAUAUUCCUCAUAGCGUGUCUGUGCCUUUUCCUUCAACAUUUCUCAGCGUACGCUAUCAGAAGAAUCCUGCACUUGUAGAGGACCACCUUCAGUACCUUCCGUGAGAAUCAAUUUAUGGAACUUCAUGUGUUCCAAUUUGUGCCCGCUGCCCCUUGUCUUGUCAGUAGGCACCUGCAAAUACAGCCUGGCCCCGUCCACUUGACCCUCACCGUUUAGAUAUCAAUAAGCAUUGCUCAGAUCCCCUCUCCAGGUGGUGUGCAGGGAGCUGAGGGGCAGCACAGGGAGGGCAGGCAGCUGGGCAGCCGAGGGCGUGCAUCUCCGCAGACCGGGUGCGCAGGGGGGUUGCGCUCCAAGCACAACAGCGGAGCAGCUGCAGGAUGUGGCGGGGCGGGUGCACCGUGCGGCUUCGCUCUCAACGCCGCCACAUACAGGCACUGCGCUGCCCGAACGCUACGCUACACAUCAGGCUCCGGAAAGGGAAACCUAAAGCCGCGCACACAGCCCGGGAGGAACGGAGUGACCAACCCUACGACGUCCGUGCUGCCCGACCCAGCCGGGACUGUCA